CGUCUAGAAUAUAAGAUGUCACAGCCUCCACCGGGGGGUGGCAGCCCCGGGGGCGCCGGAAGUCCCCGAACGCCACGCGGCACCCGGCUUCGCGACCGCGUGAGCUUCUUCGAGCAGGUAUGGGCCUCCGGAGGACGGACUUCCAGCACCGAGGACCUCCUCGACGAAGUCGACCACGCGGCACACCCACGUUCCCCGAUGGCGAUGAGGCCCUCCUCCAGGACGAGCAACUCCUCGUUCGAAGAGAGCUUCGAGCGACUCGUUGAAGAGGGCGAGCUCAACGGCGCCAAGGUGGUCAAAUUCGAGAAGAUCACCGUUCGGAAGAGCGUCAGAGAGCUAGAUACCGCGACCUCUAUGACCACGACCCUCCGGGGCCCAGGCACCCUGGGGACCGCCAGUCGGACCCCGAGCGAGGAACAGGCCCUGGAGGACUCGGCCUACCAGAGCCACGGGGUUCACGGUAGUAAGUCGAGCUCGGUUACCUCCUUCACGAGGUUCCCCUCCGAGGAGAGUCUGUCCAGGAGUAAAGGGGCCAGUCCCCACAGGAUUGGGACCCCCGACUUUGAGGGGUUCGGCGCUGAGCGACCCUCCGCCGAGUGGUACGCCGAGUACCGGAAUCAGAGCUUCCAGAACAUCGCUGUCAGGAUGGAGUACCAACGAAGUCGCAGCGAGUACGACGCUCACAUUGCUGAGAUAAAAGAUGAACAGGAGCGCGUGCAAAAGAAGACUUUUGUAAAUUGGAUUAAUUCCUACCUCUCGAAGCGAGUUCCACCGCUUCGAGUAGAGGAACUGAUCGAGGACUUGAAAGAUGGAACGCGCCUUCUUGCCCUACUUGAAGUUUUGUCCGGGGAGAAACUGCCUGUUGAAAGAGGACGUAACUUAAAGCGACCUCAUUUCCUCAGCAAUGCAAAUACGGCACUUCAAUUUUUACAGAGCAAAAAAAUCAAAUUAGUGAACAUUAAUUCGUCCGAUCUAGUGGAUGGAAGACCUCCGGUAGUAUUGGGACUUAUUUGGACCAUCAUCCUGUAUUUCCAGCUACGAUCGAAGGAUCGAAGGCGGAUCGAAGAGAACACCAGAGCCCUCGAGUACUUGGGCCAGACGUGGGGCAGCCAGAGCAGCCUUGACAGCCUUGGCACUCAGGGUUCGGCGGCAAACGAACGCCGUCGACAGAGCAGCGAGAAAUGGAAGCAGGGAGCCAGGAAGACAUUGUUGCAGUGGGUGACCAACGCCUUGCCGAAGGACGCUGGAAUCAAGGUACGAGACUUCGGGGAGAGCUGGAGGGAUGGAAACGCGUUCUUGGCAAUAAUCGACGCCAUCAGAGCCAACUUGGUCAACAUCGCCGCCAUGCGAGAGGCCUCGAACAAGUCCCGUCUUGAGACGGCCUUCCAGGUUGCUGAAACCGAGCUGGGAAUCGCCCGACUACUCGACCCUGAAGACGUCGACGUGCCACGUCCCGACGAAAAAUCCAUCAUGACUUACGUCGCCCAGUUCCUGCACAAGUACCCCGAGCCCAGAAGCACUGGGCCUGACUCAUUUGCCGCUGUGCAACAGGAGUACGACUCACUUUUGGCCUGGCUCAACGACAGGACUAGACAACUGGAACAGCUCGAUAGAACCAACGCUUUCCCGAUGAGCUAUCCGGAAUACAUGCUGUUCAGAAGUGAAACUGACGACAAAUCAGUCAGCUACCGGAAACUUCAAAAUCUUGUCGAUACUCCGAGCAUGAUCAGCAUAACUCGAGACUCUUGGAGACAGAUUGAAACCUUAUGGAAUAAAAUGGAAAUCCUAAUGCUACGCUGGCUUUGGCUUCUGGAUUCAUCGCUCCCCGGUGAAUUUGGAGAGGUGGGAAGAUGGCUGGCUGGAGCUGAGCAAAUCCUCAAAUCGGACGGUGACAUCCCGGAUGACAUGACGGAGGAAACCGCAAGUAUAAUUUCAAACAAGCUCGAAGAACACAAGAAAUACUUUUUGAACUUGCCGGAGGUUACGGAGAAAUUCCAAGGCAUUAGAGGAUCUCCUGUCGCGCAGCAAAUCUCUUUGGAACAACUGGAAAGCAUAGCUUCGAGACUGGCGACUUUACCGACUCGCGCUGCGAAGCGCAGAAUCCGACUUAAGUUCCUAGAACACAAAUGCUGUCUGAUCGCGUUCCUAUUCUUAGUCGAGACGAAAUUAAAGGGCUGGAGUGUAAAGUACGGAACAGAGGAUAAAGUUCAUCAGAUGCUUGAACAAUACAGGAACUUUGUCUCGAGAAAUAGAAUAUUCCAGGAAUUUCAGAAGGCGUAUUUGGACAUGCAACAAGUCGUUGAAGAGUACAAGAGAGAGGGAGACGUUGACCGGCAGGAAUCCAUCAAUACCGAUCGUUUCAUGCGAGAAACCGGUGAAAAAUGGAAAAACGUAUCAAUGGAUUUGCGCUGCGUGCAAAGUAUGCUUGAAGAAGUUGUUGCAUAUUGGCGUCGCUGGGCUACCGUGUCCGACGAUUUUGAAUCUUGGUUAUCCAGGGCUGAACCGGCACUCGAAUUACCGGAUGAGGAACGAAUGGAGUUCUUCCAAGACAUCAGCGUGCGGAAAGAUAAAUACCAGCAGCUAUCAGACACCGUCAGCUUCCUCAUAGCAACCUCCGACGAACAGGUUGCUCUUCAACUGAAGGACCGUUACACCCGAAUGACAUCGAGAUGGGAGCACCUCUUCGCCGAAGCGAAGCAAUACAUGCACGCCGGUGAUUUACUUAGAAAUAGAAAGGACUACAGAGCGGGAGUUGAGACCUUGCAGAAGUGGUUGAGAAACGCAGAAUCAGUACUGUCUACUACGCAGCUAACUUCGACCGAAAGAAUCAAGGCCUACGGAGAACAGCUUCAACUUCUGCACAACGAAGUCGAAGGAAUAGAGGAGCUGUUUAGGAACAUUAGUAAGAAGUUCCAGUGUCUUAUUCAGGACAUGUCGCGGGAGGAAGUCGACAAGAUGAUGAACACCUUGAAGAAAGAGAAAGAGGCUCUCGUCAAGGUCCGCGCUUUGAUACCGAUGCAGCUGCACUUGUAUCACCAGCUUCUCGUUCAGCAAGAGUCCUUGGAAGCUGGACAGAAGGAAAUCUCCAACUGGUUAGACGAGGCGGAACGUUUGUUGAGCUCAAUUAAUCUUGCGGGAGGCAGAGACGCGGCUUUGGCUCACCUCGAUCGUCACAAAGCCUUUUUUUCGCGGACAUUAUACUACAAGUCCAUGUUGGAAUCUAAGAACAAAGUUUUCUCCAGUAUGGUGAAGUCAGUGGAUUGUCAGGCGAGUGCAGAGGCCGCCGAAGGAGGUGCUGCUCUUCGUGAUUUGAACGAACGAUUUGCUCACGUUUCGCAAUCAGCACAGAUCUGGGAGCAGCGACUUCAGGAAGCCGUGCGUUGUUGGACGAAAUUCCGCGAGUGUGAAAGACAGAUUUCAGAAUGGCUUUCUGCUGCGGAAACCUUGAUAAACGACAAGCACAUCGACAGUCGUCAAUCCGUGGAAUACCAUAAGAACUUCUUUGGAAAGGUUAACGAAAAAUGGAUCCAAGACUUGGUCAACGCAGGUCAAGAUCUCAGGAACGCUCUACCGGCAGAACAACAGGCUCCAAUCGUCGAGGCCUUGAACAAUCUGCAAAAACGUUGGAAGGAAGUUUUGACAUUUGCACCACUUCACCUGAUGCGACUUGAGUUCCGCCUUGACGAGGCUGCCUUUUUACAAUACUUAAAAGAAAUUGAGAUGGAGAUUAACUCGGAACAACAGGCGCUUAUUAAAAACGAUGAUGUUGGAGGGAUUGUUCAACGAAAUACGGAAUUCUUCGUAAGUCGCGGUGUCGUAUUAGAAGUAGAACGCUGCCUGCAAACUUUGAAAAAGAUUAGCACGGCUUAUCAUCUCCUCAAGCCAGACGACUCAAGUCUUAAUGAAGCGGCUCAGAGAGCAGAAAAUCAAUGGGAAGACACGGCACAACGCGUUGAAACCUUGAGGGAACAACUGCGCAAAGUGCCUGAACAAUGGGCUGCCUACAGACAAAAGUUUAACGAGAUGGUGCACUGGAUGGACCACGUUGACAGCACUCUGAGAACUAUCUUACAGGAAGUGAGCUCCUUGGAGGAAUUCGAAAAAGAGAAGACGGUGUUCCAACUUCACACGGUGACGCAAAUAUGCCGCGAGGCUGACAGCAAGCGAGAAGAGAUGAAGUGGUUGGUACAGACUUUGGAUAGCCUCGCCUCGAAUCGUUCGGACCACGAAGCAAUUUCUGAGCAGAAUCAACUGGAACAACUCAUUACGCGUUACAAGAAUUUAAUACCAACGAUCGAGAUCACGAUGACAAAGACGGACAUCUACUCGAAGAGUUAUACCUACCGGAAAGAGGUCCGUGAGGUUUGUACUUUGCUGGAAAAGGUCCGUGAGCAAUCUACUGUUCCUGUUAAACCCGAAAGUAUCGAGAUCUUGCGCAAAGCACUUUCGCACCAAGAGACGCGGCUCACUCAGCUGGAACAACAGAGAGCCAAUAUUGUUAGUAUGCUGCAGCGUGGAAAGGACAUAUUGAAGGAUCAGCACGCGCCGACCUUCGUGUCCUCAGAAGUCCAGCAAUUAGAGUCAAGCUGGAAUAACACCUAUGGGCAGAGCAUCGAGGCUUUGAAGACCUUAAAGAGCACUCAGAAACUGUGGAGCAACUAUCAGCAACAAAAGGAGGAGGUGUUGAAUUUGAUAGAGCAAGCAGAACGCGAACUCAGGGGCGUAGAGAAGGGCUAUCAUGAUUCUAGCCAAAUGUCUGCCGAUCUUCAGAGUAAACAUGAACUGAGUAUUACGUUGCGUAAGGCUGCCGAAGAAAUGUUGAAGAAGUUAAGAGAUGUUUACAGCAACCUUUCAGAGGUAACCGCACCCGAGAAGAGACCCGUUUUGGAGAAAGAGAUCACCGAUGUAGAAAAAAGGCUUCACGUCACCCUUGAGACUGUUCAGGAGCGGGUCGUUUAUCUACAACAAUUUAAUGCCAAGUGGACCAAGUUCCAGGCCAGACUCGGUGAAUUACAGUCUUGGACACAACAGAGUGCACCGCAACUUCUCGCUCAGAUACAAGAGAUAUCAACAUCUCCGGAGGAACGUGUACGCAAAACCGAGACCUUGCAAAAACAGAUAUACGAAAAAAUAACCGUGUUGAAAGCUCUCGACGACGAGUCUCUACAAUUAGUAAAGGAUGACAAGGACAAUCUUGAGGCGAAGAAAUUACGAGCGGAAAUUAUGGAACUUCAAGAAGCUGCGAAUUCCCUGAACAAAAGUAUCGUGUACCAGAAGGAAAUGGCUGGUCGUAAUUUGGCUACAUGGAAAGAAUACGAAGUUGGUAUUCAGCAGCUCAAGCCUUGGGUAGAACAGGCCGAGAUCAAAGCAGCUACGAUUGGCUCAAAACCGUCCACGCUUGCACAGGCUACUGAAAUGCUGUCGACGGCAAAGGCCUUCGAAAAACAAUGCGAGGAACAACUUCCACAGGUCCAAGAACUGUGGGUACUUAGCCAACAGAUCGCGGGUAGAACAGUCGCACCCGACGAGGUGGAUGCUGUUCACACUCGGUGGAACUCCGUCCACGAUGUGGCCAUCCAAACAGCAACUAAACUAGACAAGCUUGUCUCGUCUUGGAACACGUUUGAAUCGGAGGCGAAGGAAUUCGAUUCUUGGCUACAAGUUAGCGAGAAGGGAUCUUUGGAGGAGCCGAACGUUAAGACACCGGAGACAGUGAAAUUAGAACGGGAACUUGCUCGGUUGAAAGAAUUCAACAAGGACAUAUCUGACAGGCAAGCCCAAUUGAUAUCAUUGACGCAGGUCUCAGAUCACAUUAGUCAUGGCCUGGCGUUGGAAGGUGCAACUAAUUUGAAGGGACGGGUGGUCGAGAUGAAGGCUCGCGUGAAUAAGCUAGCUGACAUUGUCAGGAGCCAGAUAAACCAAGUAUCAGAUGCUUUGCUGGCCCGACAAGAGUUCCAGAUGAAACUGGCGGACUUUGACAACUGGAUGUCAAGACUGCGGGCAAACAUAGCUGAGAUCAGCGAUGUUAACGCUGAUAAUGUCGACACGAAUCUCCAAGCGGUACACGCCUAUUUGCAGGAACAUUCUGACAAACAGCCAAGCUUUGCUGCCAUUUAUGAAGAGGUUAAGCAUCUUUCGGAACAGAGCUCACCGGAAGAAGUGACAGCACUAAAUGAACUUUACUCCUCUCUUGCUGCGAAGUACAAGGCUCUUGAGGACGAUCUAAAUCAGAAGAAGAAGGGACUGGAAAAAUGGGCGGAACUUUUGAGCUGGCACGCAGAUACGAAUGCCCAGUUGAGUCACAGUAAGUAUCAAGUCGAUGCCCACAAGCCAACUAUAUCUGACUUGGAAAGAUUGACAUCAGAACUGCAGACGAUGUCGACUAAAAUUAACACUUGGAAGGUACAAGUACCCCAGGUGGACACUUCGAUGGGUGUGCAAGUGCGCGAUAAAUUGGAAAAACCGCUGACAGCUUCCGCUUUGGUGCAUGAACUUGAAGCUAAGGCUGUCACUCUGCAGACUGAACUUGCCACGAAGCGUGACAAACUCGAAAAUCUGAGCGCCCGAUGGGAUAACUUCAGAAAAACGCAGCAAAUUUUAACGGAAGAGAUUACCAAGACACAAACCACACUCCAGGAUAUCACGAUGAAGGUUGAUACCUGCGAAAAGUUGGCUCCAGCAAUUGAGCAGAUUGAACAAUUAAUCGCUGAUCAUCAGCAACGUGAACCGGACAAGGAAACUCUGCAUCGUGAGGGUAAUACCCUGAUGAAAGAGGAUCAGAGAGCUGUGACUAAUAUCCAGGUUGUCUUAUCUUCGACAGAUGCCAACUGGGAGAAAGUUAACGAGUUAUUGAGAGAGCAGAAGAAUAAAUAUGCUGAUAUGGAUGGUGGUUGGAAGCAAUUUUUGGAAGCUAAAAAGAAGCUAUCCAGCCACCUUAAACAAUCAAAAACAUUGUGCCAAUCUAUACAGGAAGUGCCAAAUGAUAUAACGCAAGCAAGUGCUGCUCUUGACAAGCACAAGAAAGCUGCCGAUAUGCUGAAGAAGGGAAAGCAAUCCUUGGAGAAAAUGGACAAUAAAGCACAGCAGUUAAUCAAAGAAGCGUCACUAAUGCCAAACUUCAAGUCCGAGCUAAUAGAAAAAGAGCUCGCCAAAAUGCGCAAGCAGUAUCAGGACGCGUAUACAAACGUCGUUGAGAAGACUCAGAUAUACGAAACCCAGGUGAUCAUAUGGAAGCAAAUCGAUGAAGCAAAGUACGAAUUAUCUAGGUGGUUGAGUGACACGAAUGAAGCGCUGAUGAGUGCAUGCAAAAAUUUAUCUGAUGCUGAGAAUGGGCAGCUGAAGCUCGCCAGGUAUCGUGACGAAUUGCCGGCUCACCAAUUACUCCGACAGGGUAUUGCAGCGAAGACUGCCCAAUUAUCGAAAAUGAAUAACAAUGCAAGUAUACCCACGCUGAAGUCCCUCAGUGAUUUGUUGGACGAUCAAUUCAGAGUCGUCAAGGAGUCAGCAGAUAAACUGGAGUCUGUGACUUCGUCAUUCCACGAAAAAGAGAAGAAUAUUAGAGAAGAACUAAAACGAUCUGGAGAAGCGAUUUCGAAAAUUCGUGAGGACAUUAUCAAGUGCGAUGAUCUAACGGGUGAAAACACGAAGAUUCUUGCAAGGAUCAACAAAUGCCAAGCGCUAAAAGCCGAAUUGGAACAAGCCAACAAUGCUCUUUCUGUUGUAGAGAAAAAGGUAACAGAUAUGUCCUCGGAAUAUCCAGCUAUUUCCAAAUCCACUUUACCUAAGGAACUUCAAGCAUUACAGCAACGUCACGACGGUGUCGCCAGUCACGCUGAUAAGGUUAGCGCAACUCUGGUAGCCUUCUUGACAAAGUUGUAUCAUGAGAAAUUUGGUGCCCUGCAACGCAUGGUGGCUACCCAUAAAGAAAAGGUAGCUUGGUGUGAACCGGAGCAAAGUAGCGAUCGGUAUAAUCUUGAGGUAAAGAUGGCUUCGCUCAUUGACGUAGAGACGGGAAUAUCUGAUUGCGAAGCCCGUAAAGCUGACGUGGAUAAUUCGUUAAAGUUAUUGGAGUCAGUGGAGAGCAAGGAAACAAUGGUCGGACUAAAGGUAGAACGUGACAAGGUUGCUGCGGAUUUGAAGUCGUUGAAAAAGAGCUACGCGAAGAUAAAACAAGUCUUGGAUCGAAAUAUUGCACUGUGGCAACGAUACGAACUGAUGUCGGAAAAUGUUUCAAGUUGGUUGAAGGAAACUGAGAAUAAAAUUAGAAUAGAAAGCAGUGUUCAGCUGACUCUUCCUGAUGUGGAAAAUAAAAUCAAGGAAAUAGUUGAGUUCCAGACAAUUGUCUCGAAGUAUGAAGCGGAAGUUAAGGACUUGAGCAGCUUGGGUGAAGACAUUCUUAAAGUGAGCCCAGAGUCCCGUGUUGGCCAGUAUGUAGGUCACUUGAACACUCGCUAUCAAGCUAUAGUGAAGUUUCUUUCAUCACAUUUAGAUCGCCUCGAAGAAGUUGCAAAAGGUCGCGAUCAAUACCACGUCAACGUUAAGGAACUCGAAGCUUGGAUUAAAGGUGCUGAACAGAAAUUGAACAAGUUUGGUGAGAUCUCAGGACCAAAGGCUAUAACCUUCUAUCAGUCGCGACUGAAAGAACUGAAAGGAUUUACUGAAGAACGCGAGAGAGGUCAAGUAAUUUUGAAUCGUACUGCAGAAGCAGGUGAAGCUCUAUAUUCCAGAAUCACGCCAGAGAAUCGAGAAACCAUCAGAACGGAGUUACGUAAUCUCAGAAAUCAAGUAGAGUCAUUGACGGAUCGAGCUAACGUUAUUUACAAGCGAAUUGAAAGCGACAUGAUGCAUAGGUCGUCUUUCGAGGACAAAUACUCUCAAGUCAAGCAAUGGGUGUUUGACGCUCAGACCAAACUCGCAGAAAAGUGUCACCUGUUGCCUAACCUUCAGGAGAAGAAAUUGGAACUCCACUUUUUCCGAACAAUCGCUCAGGAUGUGAACGUGCAUAGAAAUAUCUUGCAACAACUUCAGGAUAGACUUCCGACCAUGUCAGAUGACGAUGCAGCUGAGAUGUUGAAAAACGUGAUCGACGCAUACGAUCAGCUUUCAGAGAAUGUUGAAAACAAGAUUAGUACAUCGGAAAAGUAUGUGGCCAAUCAUGAAUCUUAUCUCCAAUCGAUUGAGAAGAUGCGAGACUGGAUUAAUACUCUGGUAAAUGAGGCAUUACCUGUCACAGAUGAUUUACCGAUCGACAGAGACACUGCUAAGGCGAAAAUAGCCCUUAUAGAAAAUAUACUUCAACAGAAGCCGGAAGGAGAUCGGAUUAUGAAGGAGGUUACUGAUCAGUUGAACGUAGUACUGGAACAAACUUCGUUGCAAGGACAGCAGCCUCUUCUGAAGCUGCACAGCGAAUUGAAGUGGGACGAGUUCAUCCAGAAAUGUCUCGAAAUUCGUGACAAAUUGAAUCAACUUUUCGACAAGUGGGCAGAGUUUGAAAAGGUCGUCGAAUCGCUGGAAACGUGGAUAAAGCAGAUGGAGCCACAAGUUAAAGAUCAGAGUUUGAAGAGUACGGAAGACACUAAGCGAAUUCACUUACUGAAAUUGAAAGGACUGGAGGAAGACAUCAACGCAAAAAGUGGAGAUUUCAACGCCGCUGUGGAAAAUAGCCAGGCAAUCGAAGGUGGGUCAGAAUUGGCCACGAAAAUAUCACGACAAGCAACGAGAUAUCAAGCUAUCAAAAAUCAAGCCAAGGAGGCAGUCGCGCGGUACGAACAAUUCGUCAAGGAGCACAAAAUCUUCAACGAGAAGUACAACCAAUUCUUGGAAUGGGUUCGUGACGUUGAUAGAGAAUUGAAGAAACACAGUGAAAUCGUUGGUGACUUAUCGGUGUUGCAGACCAGGCAAAAGAGCAUACGUGACUUGGCAGACACUCGAACCAAAGAAAAUGCUAAAUUUGAAUCAGUCAUAGAUCUUGGAGAAAAAUUGUACGCUCACACAUCACCGGAUGGUAGAGAAAUCGUUCGACAGCAGUUGCGUAACUUGAGAACCGUGUGGGACGGCUUCUCAGAGGACUUGCAAUCCGCCAUGCAAAAGUUAGAUCAAUGCCUGAUGCAAUUUGCCGAAUUUUCACUUUCUCAAGAGCAACUUACCACGUGGCUUCGUGAUGUGGAACGUGCCAUGCACCAACAUACAGAGUUGAAGUCAUCUUUGCAGGAGAAACGAGCCCAGCUUCAAAACCACAAGAUAAUGCAUCAAGAAAUAAUGUCACAUCAGGCCUUGGUAGAGUCCGUUUGUGACAAAGCUCAGCAACUCGUUGAUCAAACGAAAGAUUCAUCGCUCAAUGUCUACCUGCAGUCUAUCAAACAACUGUUCCAGAAUAUUGUGGCUAAGUCACAGGAUCUGUUGGAGAAUCUGGAAGACUGCGUCGACAAGCAUAAUCAGUUUAAUACACAGUGUAAGAGUUUCACUGAUUGGUUGAGCGGUGAACACGAAAAACUGCUGGACUGCAAUGAUGUCACGGGAGAAAAGGGUGAUAUCACCCGUCGACUUGCGACUCUUGCUGUUCUGAAGGACGGACAAACUCAGGGAGCAAAUCGUCUUGCUAGUCUGAAAGAUCUGGGCUCAACUGUUUCGAAGAGUACCGCACCGAAAGGACAAGAAGCCAUCAAUAAAGAAAUUGCAAGUCUGGAAGCCGAUUUGCACCAACAUCUGAGUGAAAUAGAAUCGGUGGAGAACAAGCAAAUUGUUGCGCUCCAAAAGUGGCAAGAUUUCGAGGAUCAGUUGGAGUCACACACUCGAUGGUUCCGUGCAAUGGAAGCUGCAUUCCGAGAUCAACAGCUUCAAGCAACCCUGAAAGACAAGGAAAACCAACUAAGUGUCUUCAAAGAUAAACGGGAAUCUAUUGCGAAACAAGAACGAGAAAUUGACGAAUUUGUCGAUAAAUCUCACGGUCUUCUUCAUGCUAGUGGCGUAGAUCGUAUUAAGCCAUUGAUUUCUCAGAUCAGUAACAGGUAUCAAUUACUUCACGUGCUAAGUAAAGAGGUGAUCCAUCGAUGCCAAACCCUCGUCGACGACCACCGAGCUUUCCAGGACAAACUGGAGGCCGUUAACGCCUGGCUCACUCCAUUAGAGCAAAAUUUGGCUAGUUUAAAAAAAGAGGAGGUUGGUGGUAACCUCGAAGCAAAGGGCUCUCGCCUGCAGGUACUUCUCGCAGAGCGGGAACAAGCUGAACAUCGUCUGGCUGGAUUGACAGCCGCAGGUGAAAGAAUCCUUCCGGAUACUUCGGCUCAAGGUCGAGAGGUUAUUAGGCAUGAACUUCGCCACGCACGUGAACGAUGGGAUAAAUUGGCUGAGGGCAUUAAGGAACAACAGAAGAAACAGGAUGCACAUUCGCUCCAAUGGUCCAGUUACCAGGAUACGCUUCAACAAACGCUGGCGUGGCUGGACAGUAUGGAAAGAACUUUGAAGCAGGACUCGGCGGCUGUCUGGUCGUCGCUACAAGAAAUCCGGUCCAAGUUGCUGAAGAAUAAGACAAUCCAUCAAGAGAUCCUGGCCCAUAAACGCAUCAUCGAAGCCAUAUCUGAAAAGGCAAAUGCUUUGGCUCAAAGUGCCCAAACACCAGCUGACAUUCAAGAGAAAGCAAAGUCGAUUUCUCAGAGGUACGAAAAACUCGGGGAAGCAUCUCAGAAGGGAAUUUCCAACCUAGAGGCGCUCUUAGAGAUAUUCCAACAAUUCCAUGAUCUUCAGAAGGCCUAUCAAGAUUAUCAAAAGCAGCAAUGGGAAAGACUUGCUAAUUACACUGACUACACCGGAAACAAGGCGGUUUUACAGGCUAGAUUAGUCAAAGUGAUUGAGAUACAGGACAGUCAGAGCGAAGGCGAACUUAAACUUCGUGUCCUGAGUGAUCAUGUAGCCCAAAGCGCUAGCAGCCUUCCGCCAAGGUCUCAAGAAUCUAUGGAAAGAGAUUUGACAAACCUUAGAUUUGAAAACAAAAAGUUUACCACAGCUGUGAGCGAUGUUAUCCGCGGAAUCGAAGAACGAAUUCAACAGUGGAGCGAGUACGAAAACUCCUUGGAUAGAUUAUUGGCUUGGCUCUCCGAAGCCGAAGCCUCUCUGAAGAAUUACACUCUGCGAAAUACAAUCGAAGAAAAGCAGGAACAACUAGAAAAAUAUCAGGAUCUGCAAAAAAUAACGGAGUCUCGAGGUUCAGAUGUGGCGGAACUGGUAGCGCUGGGCGACCACCUCGAUCAAUCGUUGAUCGUGAAUUUGCGCCAGAAUGAAGCCGAGUUUGACAAAAUGAGCGAUGACUCUUCGGAACUUAUACAAAUUAGUGGAGAAACGAGAUUCUCCGCAAGCGUUCAGCAGGUCACGUCUCGUUUCCAAUCCAUUCAAACAACUGCCAAGGAACUGAUAAAGAAGUGCGAACAAGCAGCAUCUGAUCACCAGGCCUACUUGGAGCACUACAAGCAUUGUUCAGAAUGGCUGGCAACCGCACAGUCAAAGUUCCAAAGUUCUCGAGAUGGAAUUUCGGGAACUCGUCAGGAGUUAAUUUCUCACAGUAAUGCGCUGAAGGAGCUUUUGGCGCAGCAGGCUUCAGCCAACCUUUUGGUAAACAGUACAGUGGAAGCCGGCGAACGCCUUUAUCCUACCACUGGAAUGGAGGGUAGAGAAAUUAUCCGGCAGCAACUUCUGGAGCUCCAACAAGCCAUGGAAACGCUCUACGAUGGUGUUGCGUCAACAGACCGUGAAAUACAAACGAAACUCUCACGAUGGUCAGGCUUUGACGAAUGCAGCGAUGGAUUCAAAAAGUGGCUGGAGGAUGUCGAAGCACAGCUACCCUCGGAAAUCGAGCUGAAGACGACUUUGGACGAAAAGCGUGCGCAGCUUCAAGUCUAUCGCACUUUUCUACACGAGACUCAGUCCCAUCAACAAGACCUGUUCAACUUGCGCGACAAAGCGGACAGUCUUCCAGAUCGCACAGAUAAAAUCGAUCACGUCCUCGAUGAUCUUUCCAAAAAACAUGCCUUUAUCCUAAAGCGUGCUCAAAGUUUCGUUGAAAGAUAUGAAGCAAUUGUUAGCGAUCAUCAGCAGUACAGUAAAGCUGUUCUCGACACCCACGAAUGGCUUGACGCCACUCACAACGCAGUGAAUCUCUGGGGAGAUGCGGAACUGGAGCGCGUUUCUUUGCACACGAAUCUCGACCGUCUGCAAAAUCUACUGCAAAGUCUUCCCGAGGAUGAGCCACGCGUUCAACAGAUACGAGCGCUGGGUGAAAAGGUAAUACCGGGAACGUUGGAAUCUGGACAAGUAAAUAUCCGUUCGCAGAUCGACUCAUCUCAGCAGGAAUGGGAAGGAUUGGUAUCCGCUGUAAAGUCAACUAUCGAAGCGUUGGAAAACAAGCUUCAGCAGUGGAACGAAUUUGAGUCAUCUAAGGAAGCGUGUUUUGCCUGGCUACGCGAAACUGACACCAAACUGCACGCGGUGGAUCUAAAAUCAACUCUGCAAGAAAAGAAAGAGCAGUCAGAGAAACUUCGCGCUCUUCAGGGCGAAGUCAGGGCUAAGGAACUUGAAAUAGACGCAGUUACAGAGCGGGCUCAACAAUUGCACAAGAACAUUACGUCACGGACCUCGCAGAUAUCCGAACUUGGAAUAAAGUAUCAGCAAAUAUCGAGCAAGGUUAAGGAUCUCAACAAUCGUUGGCAACAGUAUUUUACCAGUCAUCAAGAAUUCGACAACCACUUGUCCGAGUGUAUGCAGUGGCUUGAAGACAUUAGAAACAAAUUGGCGUAUUGCUCCGACCUCAGCGCUUCGUCGCAGAAAGACUUGGAGAGUAAGAUGGAAAUCAUUCAGGACCUACUCUUAUACAAGGAAGAUGGAUUCUCAAAGGUUCAAGGCAUCGUUGAAUUGGCCCAGACGGUACUCGCGAAUACCGCACCGCCUGGACAUCAGGCGAUAAACGACGCUCUGGCUAAGCUUCAAGAGCAAUGGAGUGCCUUAGCCUCGAAAAUGUUGGAAACCAAAACAAAUCUGGACGAUUCCAUAAAUAAUUGGGCUGGUUUGCUGGAACAAAUUCAAUCGAUUAAUAAAACCGUAGAGUACAUGCAGACUUCGGUUAAUGAAAUAUCACAGUUCCAGUCUACAAUGUCUGAGAAACGAUCCCAACUAGAGCGAAUCAAGACGUUGGAGGAACGCGUCCGUUGUGAGAACAUCGAAGUCGACAGUCUCAAGGCCAAGGUCGCUGAGAUGAUAGCGAGCGGGCAACAAAGCUUAGCUGCUUCGCAGGCACAGGACAUUCUAAACAAGUUUGACUCUCUAUUUGAAAAAAUAAAGUCGCUCCUUUCUGAACGUGAGGAUCAAUACAAAGACCAUCGUCUUUACAAAGAGGCACACGAUGAUCUUAUCGGCUGGCUCAGCCGUGCUCGUGAAAAAAUACCAUCAAUGAAACAGCGAUCGCUCAGUGAUAAACUUGCAAUUGAGAACGCUGUUGCUCCGCUUGAAAGUCUAUUGAAUAAAAAGGCUCAGGGUGAAUUGCUGGUCGAACACCUUCAGCACACUGGUGAAGUUGUUUGCGCAAGCACCAGUGAUCAAGGACAGGAAGUAAUUCGAAACGAAAUUCGUGCACUCACUGAGAGUUUUGAAGGGCUAUUCAAAGACAUCAAGCAACAAAAAGACCAACUGGAAGCCACCGUUAGUCAGUGGAGAGAUUAUAAGGACGAAUACGAGAGACUCAGUGACUGGCUGCAACAAUUUGAUAUCUUAAUAAAGGCACAGAAGAACGCUCUCUUACCAAACGUGAAAGAGAAGGAAAAGCAGGUGAAGGAAGUCAAGGAAAUACUGGAAAACUUGCUGAAGGGACAAGAACAAAUAGACAAAUUCAACAAGACUGCGUCAGGGUUGUUAUCUUCACAUCUUGAUACAUACGUAAACAACCAACUAAGGCAUUUGAACUCCAGAUACCAAGUACAAGUGAAUUUGGCCAAGGAUGUCGUUAAGAAGGUAGAAACUAACUUUGCUCAACACCAAGAGUACGAAACAAAUCUCGGCAAGGCUCACGCAUGGAUUGAAAAUGCUAAACAAAUUAUCCGCCAAGGUACCGAAGCUGCCUCUACGAGCAGCCGAGAUGAAUUACAAUCCAGACUGAAUAAAAUACAAGAACUCCUCAGAAAACGGGAAGAUGGACAAAAUUUGGUACAUCUCACCGUAAAUUGUGGCGAGAAAGUAAUGCGCAACACGCGAUCUGACGGCCGUGAAGAAAUCAAUUCACAAUUGAAGGAAAUUCAAAAUGAUUGGGAGAGAUUGGUGAAGAAGAUAUCGACGACUAAGGUCCACUUGGAGACCAGUCUUCUUCAGUGGGCCGAUUACAGCUCUUCAUACUCGCAGUUACAGCAAUGGAUUAAUGAUCGUGAGGCAAAACUACAGCAGGUUUGCGAACAGAAGGUAUCUAAGGCCAGGAAAGGUCUGGCUGGUCUCAGUUCACUGGCCAUUGGGGAAAGGAAGGCCAAUCUGCGCCAGACGAACAGCAUCGUUCAGGAUAUCGUUGCAUUCGAGCCCAUGAUUCAAUCUGUAACGACAAAGGCUGAAGACCUUCAGCAGGCAACGCCGGCAACAGAAAUAUCGAUCAAAUACGAAACGCUUAGUAAACAAGCCCAGGAAUUGUAUGCUAAACAGAAAGAAACGGUGGAACAGCAUCAAGCAUUCAUUGAUAGUGGUAAUGAGUUCAUUCAAUGGAUCCGUGUUGCAAAGGAAAGACUAGGAAAAUGUUCGGAACCUACCGGAGACAAAGAGUCCCUUUCUAGCAAGAUAACGCAGCUCAAAGUCCUGGAGAGUGAACUUCCAGAAGGGCAACAGAAACUGGAGAAAGCUCUGCAACAAGGUAACGCUGCGUGUCAAGUGGCUGAUGCUGAAGAUAAAGAAAUUAUCGAGGAAGAAGUUGCUCUUCUACAAGAAGAGUAUGAUAAUUACGUUGAUUCCCUGAACAGCACCAAAUCUCUGCUUGAAAUUGGUAUAGUAAAGUGGACUGAAUAUGAAGAUCAGUUUUCUGAGGCCUCUGAUUGGCUAACGCAAACUGAACAGCUGGUGCGACCAUUUAACAAGCUGCAGGAUAGCCUUGAAGAAAAGAAAACUGUACUAGAAGAAUUCCAGGUUCAUUUACAGACGCUGUUCGAUUGGCAGAAAGAAUUGGACCGUCUUAAUAUGAAGGCACAAAUGCUUCUCGAAACUUGUGCUGAUACGAGAAUCUCAAACGCUGUUACUCAGCUGACCACAAAAUACAACGCGCUAUUGUCACUGGCAAAGGAAAUUAUGCGAAGAUUGGAAUUACAUUAUCAGGAGCAUCAGCAACACAAUACCCUCUACCAAGAAUGUGAAGAUUGGAUUGAACGAACACGGGACAAGUUGGGAGAGUGUAAAGAGAUACCAAACACGUUAGCAGAAGUGAACAACAAGUUGCAUGCCUGCAAAACUAUUCGUCAGACUUUAGAACAAGGUCAAAACAAGCUUCGCUAUGUACUUGAGUUGAAAGAAAAGGUCAUUAUGAACACGGAGCAGAAUGGUGCAGCAAAGAUUCAGGAGGAUACUGAGAAUCUGAAAACUGAAUUUGACAAGCUACUGGGAGACGUCGAGGAAGCGAAGCAGAAACUUGCUACAAGAGCUGGCGUCUUGGAAGAGCUUAACAAAAUGCACAGAUUAAUCGCUGACUGGAUUGAAGAGGUCGAACACAAAGUACAACCUGAGGAAGGAUUCCGAAAUGACCUCAGUGAGAAGCGAGCUCUCCUUGAGAAGUACAAAACGGUGCAACGUGACAUAAAUGGUCAUGCGGAGACUGUGGAUCGCCUUAAAGCUCGUCUGGCCGAAGAUUCAAGCAUUCCAAAAGACGCUUACGAACCCACGAUAUCAAAGUACGAAGAGUUGAAGACCCUUGUCGUUGCUAGAAUCACUGAUUUGGAGGAACAAGUGAAGGAACAUGAUCGCUUAAGGCAAGCUCAAAAUGAAGCCGUAGAAUGGGUUCGUCGCGCCAAGGUUGAACUGCAGCAACACGGUGACACUCACGGUGAGAAGGCAAAGGUCAUUGAGCGGGAGCAGAAGGUGAACCAGAUUAUAGCAUCCAUGCCAGAAGGUGAAUCUUUGAUUAAAAAGGCGGUUGAGCUGAGUGAUUCCGUCAUUUUGACAACCGGCUCUGAAGGACAAGAUUGUAUUAAGCAAGACGUUAAGCAAUUGAACGCUGAUUGGGAAUCACUGAAGACUCAAUCACGCGACAGCGAACGAACUUUGGCAAGCUGCAUCGUGACUUGGACUCAAUUCACAACUGCAUUUGAGAGCAUGAAGAACUGGCUUGAUCAAUUCAGGAAAAAGGUCAGCAACGAGUCUGCCAAAGACAACAAAACCCCGGAAGACCUUGAACGAUGCAAACGUAUCGUUGAAGAGGCAGUUCGUCAGAAACCAGUACUCGAAGACCUAAACGAUAAAUGUGAGGCUCUUUUGGAAGUGAGCGCGUGUAGUUGGGCAAGAGAUAAAACAGUUCAGCUCCAAUCGGCAUACACUACCCUACUGACAGAAGCACAAAGUCUCGUAUCCAAAGUUGAGAAGAAUCUGUCCGAUCACACAGAGUUCCUCAAGGCUAAAAAGGAACUCGAAGAAUGGCUUCACACCGCUCAUGGUUCUGUCCAAGACUGUAUUGGAGUUGGCGAUAUCGACUGGGCUAAAGAUAAGCUGGAAACUACACGUCUCGUUGCAACACGAAUAACCGAGGGCCAACAUUUGCUAUCAACGUUGCAAGACGCGUUUGCAAAAGCGAUAAAUACCGCUCUUCCGGAACAACAAGAGCAGCUGCGAACUGACAUGGCAGAUCUACGUUCUAGCUGGGAGCAGCUCAGCAUGGAUCUCAACAGCAUUCAGGCUCAAGUGAAAUCGGUUCUAAGUCGGUGGGAGGACUAUGCAGAUUCUCGAGCACGAUUCGAAAAAUGGCUGAGCGAAGCUGAAGAAUCCGUCAAGGUUCUUCCCGAGACGAAAGGUGAGCUUGGAGAAAUGAAAAGACUUCUGGAGAGGACCAAGCAUGCUCAAGACGAAGUGAAGGGCAAACGAUCUGACCUUGACCACCUGCUGACUGAGGCUGACGAAUUAUCCAGCUGGGCGAAGAACAGUACCACCAAGGAACAGACUAAGCUGUUGCUAAAUCGGUGGGAGAAACUGGGUAGUCACGUUCAGGAGCGGAAACGACUCCUUGAAGAGGAACUCCAGGAGUACAACGGAUACCACGCGGCCCUUCAGGAAACUGAAAAAUGGUUACUGCAAAUCUCAUUCCAGCUCAUGGCUCAUAACUCAUUAUACAUCACGAAUAAGGAUCAGACAAUUGAGCAGAUAAAACAGCACGAGGUUUUGCUUGAAGAGAUUCAAAAGUAUCAGACUACUCUCGAUGAUCUUAGAGCGAAAGGAUCCGGUCAGAUAAAACGCUACGUUUCAGCCGCUCCGGGGAUUGAAUCAACCAUCGAAACGCAGCUUCAGAAUGUGCAGGAAAGCUACAAUGCUCUCCUGGGAACUGCACUUCAGAUAAAGAAUCGAUUGUCCGAGUCUUUAGCGAAGUUCCAAGAGUAUGAAAACACCCUUGAAAGCAUAAUGAAAAAUCUGGACACUUACGAGCCGGAAAUUGCUCAAGAAUUGGAAGCGCCGAUUGAUAAUCUAGAGGAUGCACAGCGCAGCUUGGAGAGUGCGAGAAUACUUCACAAUAAGUUGCAGUCCGAAAAAGCGCGCCUUGCCUUAGCUGUAGAAGCCUGCGAAGCCGCUGCUGCGUGCGUUUCUCGACCCGGAAGUCCGCUCGACGCACCGCCUGUACAAAUUCCAGCCAGAGAAGUCGAAGUGCGAACUCGGCUCGAAGACCUCAUAGACCAGAAAAAAAACGAGGAUUCAGGAAGACUGAAAGCUCUGCUAGAUAUUAUUGAGCGCAACGGCUUCUUAGCGAAACUUAAUUACAUGUAUGACAAGAUGCAAACGCACUUGACAACAGUCACCGAAGCGGUUGGUUCUCUUGAGGAACGUGCCCAUCAGCGGAACGCCCUGAGUGUUUGGGUGAACCAGCAGCGGGCUCUUUGCGCCGAGUGGAAGUCAAGACCAGCGAAAUUGCGGCCUGAAGCUGCACACACCGAGCUUCAAGCGAUGAACGAAUUACUGGCUGGGGUUGGAGAGCGUCGAACUCGAGCCCUCACAGAGCUUUCCUCGGCUCAGGGAGGUCAAACGGACGACCUUGAAUCAGGCCUCAACAAGUUAGAGGGAGAAUUGAUCGAGGCUAUAGCCGGCAAGCAGGCAACCCAAGAUCUAAUCCAGAGGUACAGAUCCCACGUUCAGGACAUCCAGACUUGGUUCGAUAAUUUAUCGAAGAGAGCAGACGUUGUGGACAAGGGCAGUGGUCUGACAAUUGCUCAAAAGAUCUCCACCGUUCAAGAAAUCACCGCCGAAUUCGAGUCUCAGGGUCCAGGUAAGCUGGACGAGGUCAAGAAGCUUGGUGACCUGGUUAUGGACUCGGUCAGCAAUCUUGACUCCCAGCAAAUUGAGGAGCAGAUAAAAUCAGUCGAGAGGAGAUACGGUGACAUAGGUAAGAAGCUUCAGCGCAAGAGUCAAGUGCUGGAUAUGACCGCUCAAGGCAUUGAAGCCACGAGACGUGAAAUUGAAGAAAACAGAAAAUGGGUGGCUGAGAAAAAGCAAGUAGCCAGAACAUCCGAGCCCAUUGGUUACGAGAGCAGAAUGGCCGACGAGAAACUUCUGUCACUCAAGGCACUGCUCAAGGAGGCUGAGGGAAAACAGGUCCUGAUUGGAACACUGGAGAAGAGGGUCAGCAACAUGCAAAAUGAGUUGGAAACCAGUGAACAACAACAACUCGAAUCAGAUACGCGAGGGCUACGCGGUGAGCAGGCAGAGCUGUGCUCCAUCCUGAGGGAAGAAGUUUCGGGUACCACAGCGGCUGCAGAAGCUCGACGGAAGCUCGAAACGGACUUGGAGCGCGCUCGACUGUGGAUAAAGGCGAAGAGCAGCGACCUGAAGAAGCUCAGUGGCUACUUACCGUUGAAAGCGAAAAAAGUAGAGCAAGAUAUUAGCCAGCACCAUGGUUUUGAAUCCGACAUUGCAAACUUCAACGAGACCGAACUCAACGAUGUCCUCAAGCAAGGUAACGCGCUGCUCAAAGAUUGUACCGACGAGGAUCGCAGCCGGCUUCAGGCCGUGCUAAAUUCCAUUAACGAAGAGUAUGACGCGCUGAAGAAAGAAGCUCAGGAGAAACAGGCGGCCCUUGCCGAUCUUCUCCAAGGACGAAAGGCCUUCGAAAACGACUUGGAUAGGUGCCAACGAUGGAUUAACGAAGCUGAGGUCGCAACGUCCGUGGAACUCCGUACUACUAGUGUCGAUGUCCUUCGCGAACAACUGGCCAAGUACGACCGACUAAAGAAAGAAGCGAACGAGUACGCCGACGAAAUCGAGAAUAUAACGCAGCAAGGAAAAUCGAUCCUUCCGACAAUUAGCGACGCCGAUAAACUGGAGCUUAGUGAACAACUCAAGAACUUGAAAGACUCGCAUCGCAGAGUAGCUGGCAUAAUAAAUGAGAGAGCCUUGGCCCUCCAAGCUAGUAUAGCCGAAGCUGAAGAAGCAGCUGCGAGAGUCGCAGAGGCGGUACAGUUCAUGACUGACAUACAACGAGAGCUCCAAGAGCUGAAUAAGCCGAUAGGAUCACGUGCCGAAGACGUUGAAGGCAUGUUAGCCACUUACGAACGAAUCUUAGGAGACCUGAAGGCCAACAAAGCGAAGUUGGCUGAUCUGCAGUCUGGAAACGUCGGUGAUCUUCACGGCGUUGUGAGCCAGCAGGAUGACCUGAUCAGAGCGCUUGAAUCCCAGAUAGCAAAAUUGCGCCAACUGCUUCUGCUUAGGCAACAGUUCAUUGCUUUGGUAACAGAGAUCAUGACCUUCAUUACGAAGUACACUGGGGUCGUUAGAGAUAUUGAAAAGUCAGGCCAGACGACGGAGGAAAAGAUCAAACGCUACGACGACGUGAUUCUAAAGAUUCAGGAAUGCGAAGCGACUUUGGCGAGCGCCACUGACAAGGGGCAGCAAAUCGCAGCCGAAGGAUCAGCGGCCGAUCGAAACAACGUGACUGAACAACUUCAGUCCCUCAAACAGCAACUUCAGUCACUGAGACGUGCCGUUGAGUCUCAACGCGAACAACACGAGUUAGCCGCUGCCGAACACAGGCGAUUGGCGAACGAGUUGGCAGAUAUUCUCGACUGGCUACAAAGCAAGGAAAAGGACGUUAAAUCUCGUCCACUUCUUGAACGGGACUCGGCCAACGUUGAUGCGGAACUGAAGAAGCACAAGGAACUCUGCGACAGUGUUAAUGAAAAUCUGGAGAGAAUACGCGUCCUGAAGGAGUCCGUGCGCCACGAUGAAGGCAUGCCUGGUUCGCUGAAGGAGAUGCUCAGCGAGGCUGCUUCUCUGAUGACAUCGCUUCCUCGGGAAAUGGACGAUCGUGGUGCCUACCUUGAAACAAACAGACAAAUGCGUCUUGACUACGCGGCUUUGACAGACAAACUUCACGCUUGGGUUAGGGAAGCUGAUAUCAGAUUACAGAGCGAUAAGGACGGCCUUGACUUUGAAAAUAUACUGGCCGACUUGGAGGAGCACAAGAUCUACUUUAGCACGGAAUCAUCGAUACGGGAGUUAGUUUCACAGCAGAUACAGCAGGCAGCGGAUAAAAUAUGGCCGUCUUUGAACAGUUCGGAACAGGAAGAGCUGAGCAGGGAACAACAGCAGCACACUCAGCUGCUUAAGAACACCCUGAAUACUGCGAAAUCGCAACGCGCUCGUCUUGAACAAGGUGCUGAGACUUGGCGUGAUUAUUCGCAGACUUUAGAACGUGUUCGAGCUGUUAUUGCCAGGACCAGAUUCUCCGAUGACCCCGUCAGCACUCUGGCCGGUCUGCAAUUCAAUAUUCAGAAAAUUACUCACGCCCUCAACGACAUUCAGAAUCAACAGUUCGAACUAGAUCUCUUGAACGAACGUGGAAGGGAGGUUCUGGAACAGGCCGAUUCUGCAAACAAAUCUAUUAUUGAGACUCAAUUGUCAGCUACGACUCUUGAAUGGCGCGAUCUAGUUUCCGGACUCGAAGGUCGCCGCAAUACUCUUGAGGCUCUUUCUCGGCACUGGGAGGAACUCGAGGCGCAAUGGUCUCAAGUCGAAGUACGACUCAACGCCACUGACGAACGAAAUAAACUUAUCGAUAACAUCGUCCGAUCGAAGCAGCAUCUCGUAGACACAACCAAGUCUUUGGAUGAGCUUCUAGCCGAGGGUGAACGACUGAAGCCGGCCACCGACGAGAUACGAACGCUUGCUGGUCCCGUCCUUGCCUAUCUCGCUGCCUUCACCGAAGAGCCGGCACGCACCCUAGAAGAACGUCUCGAGAAACUUUCACAGUCGGUGCAGUCGCUUGUCGAUUCACUACGCAAUAAGUCCAAGAAGGCAAGUGAGGACUUGGAAACACUCGAAACGAUCGAACACGAGGUACAGGAGUUGAAGAAGCGACUGGAAGAGGUCCAUCACCAGACGACCUCUUUAUACGUUUUCGGGGCGAACCAGGACGCGACCGAGACAGAACUCGGGGCGCUGCGUUCGUACCUCGAGGGGCUUGUCGAGACGGGCAAAAAACUUUCGGGAGACACUAAGGCGCGGUACCAAGCUAGCCAGCAGUUGGUUCCAACCGAUAUCGGACAGCAGCUGACUGCUCUCGAACUAGCAGCCGAGAGCGCAGCUUCAGCGAUGGAGGAGAAGCAACGUGAACAAAAGCGAGCAAGGACUACGCGCUCUGACUACAUCGCCGACGUCGAUGAAGUCCAGACGUGGAUUCGCGCCGCUGAGCUCAAGGUGCAGGAUCGUUCCAUGGAGCCUUUAAAGCUCAAGGAACACCUUCAGAAGAUACAAAACGAGAUUGGACUGAUUACCGAUAAACUGGAAAGGCUGACUAGAAACGGACAGGUGAUAAUCGACAAUACGAAGGACGGUAACGAGAGGGAACUCAUUAAAAGCACGAUCAAUAACUUGACCGAGCAGCUAACUCAGGUACGAUCAUGGCUCGAGGAGAAGAAGCAACAAGUCGGCGAUACGUUGGACGCGUGGCAGAGGUUCCUUACACUUCACGAAGCGGUCAUGGCAUGGAUUAAGGAGAAACGGGUCUUCCUUGUUGAGCCUCUGCAGCUCAGUACUUUGAUACAAGCCAGACAGAGACUCCACGAUUAUUCCACCGCGGUAAAGAGCUGCAAGCAAGUAAACAAGAACUUGAGUGAAAUGAGCAAGGAGUUGGAAGGUAUAGGUCAGGUGACGAACGUCGGAAAUCUUCCAGAGAAACUGACCGAAGCCGAAGAGGCCAAGGUUGAGGUUGAGGGUCAACUACUCGAGAGGAAUUCUCUGCUCCAAGAGACGAGCGAAGAAUGGGAACAGUGCGAGAAGAAGAUGAAAGACGUUAGGAGUUGGAUAGACAAAGCUAGACAGACCUUAGAGUCGCCCCAGAGCAAGAAAAAACCACUAAGGGAUCAGCACGCGACGAGGGAAAAGAUGCUCAGCGAUAUUACCAUCCAGAAAACGAAGAUAUCCAUUUCGGUGGAAAAACUGCAGGUCCAUUUCAGGUCCGGAGUCGGUGGUGACACACGGAUUAGCGAAGCUGCCAACGAACUGAUCAAGGAGCUGGAUGUCCUUCACGAAUCUGUCAAGGAUCAAACCGCCUCUUUGGAGACCUGCCUCGCCCAGAUUGACCAGUACCAACAGGAGAUUCAGCAGCUUCGUCAACAGAUUGUUCAGGUUGAACAGCAGCUUCGAACAGUGCUCAGUCCGACGUAUCUACCCAACGAUCGUGAAAGAGCGCUACAAGAGCAACAGGAAUCGAUUUCGGAAGACCUUGAAUCCCUGAAGUUGGCUGUGACGCGACUUGAGCUAUCAUUAGAUUGUUUGCCCGGAGAUAGUCUGCAGUCUAUGCUUUCGGCACUUGUGACAAUACUAGCGGAUCUUCAGGUUUACGACCGACAGGCGAUCGGCAUAAGUACUUCAUUGGCAACGAUCCCCAAAGACUCCGAAACUCAGCAAUUAUCAUCGACUCUCACGGAAAUUCGUGCACGAAUUGCAACCCUUUCAUCUCAAGCUGAGCAGGGAACUGUUGCGCUGGAGAAUGCUCGAAGUGCGCAAGAACGUCGCCAACGAGAAGUCCAAAUCUACAUGUCGUUCCUGGAUGAAACUGAAAUAUGGAUUAGGCAGAUCAUCACGACCAUACACGAAAAACAAUCGGUGACUUCGUGCAAGGUGCUUCUCGAGGAAAUAGAAACUCGGGAGAAGCGAGUUGCGGAAAUGGAGUCACUUCCGGAAGUUAGUGCCCUGGCGAAAACGAUGAGGGAGGCCCUGAUGGAUGUCGCGACGCGUCUACGACACAAGCAGCAGGAGAUUGAGGACUUGGAGGAAAUGGCAGAGGCAGAAGACAACGCCUCCGAGCGUGGUGAAGGUACUUUAGACUCAGCGCCUUCGAUUCACUCGUCUUUGGAGCACGAGCCUCAUUCUCUCCCAUCGCAAGCUGAUGUUUCCCUACAAACCGGUCAGAGUUUGUUGCUCGAUGAGAUCACGAUUGAAAAACCAGUUCAGCUGACAAAACAAACGUCAACGACAACAACAACUGUUCAAAAGCCAGCUCAGCUCACCAAACAAACGUCCACAACUCAGAUACCGGUCUCUACUGCGUCUCAAACGAUGCCAACAGAAUCCAACACACUCGUAACAAGAGACGAGGACAAUGCCCAAACUCAGGAGACGAUAAAAAUCGUAAAAUCAUCGGAUGGCAAUCAUGAUGUGAUCGAAAUAGCCACGAAGAAUGUGCCUUCAAGUACGAGCUCAGAAUUCAUCAGACGCGAACAGUCUGGGUCAAUGCCAGAUGACAUAGUGGUCGACAUGAAGUACCAAGACGCCCAAAAGACCGAGAGUGCCACGUCGGAGUUGAACAUAUCGCACGCUGCUCCGCAGGCCUUCGAAACUUUCCUUACAGAACCUGACGACACGACGACUGAAGUAGUGGUCGACGCUGAUGGCACGAAGAGAAUCAUCGUUCGAAAGCUCCGGCGUACUUUGGUAACGAGCCAACAAACGACUCAGCAACAUUUGACCACCUUGUCGACAGCAGUGGACGGCAACCCGCCGGUUACGCAGGCAUUUUCAGAGGCCACCAUGAGAGGUCAACAAGUAACCGUAACGCGAUCGAAGCCGGAUGGAACUGUUGAACUGUCGACGACUCAGUCCUACGGAGGACGCGUUACCACUGGUGCACCAGGUGGCGAAAUUAACGUUCAAGAAUUCGAAACGGGACCUCAGCAUUCGCAUCAAAUAAUCCAAGGCAACAUUCAGGAUUUGCAGCUUAAACCGAUGGAAGGUGAACCGUCGACGGUAGAAUCUGGUGAGUAUCAAACUACCACUUCAAGCGUUCACGCCGUGGUCCAGCAAGUUACUCGCCGAGUGAUCAGAAGAACCAGGCGCAUUAUUCGGAAAGUCACCAUUAUUGACGGCAAAGAAACGAUGACUGAGGAGGUCAUCGAAGAGCCGGAGGAGGUGGAAAUUGACGAGCAAGAUAUACCGCACAUCAGUAUCAACGUAACCAGAAAUGAUAAUGAAAGAAUCUUCGAUAACAGUAUUGCUUUUACUCCUGAAGCCACCACUGGCGUUGAAGGACACAUCUUUGAUGUCCAAGCUAGUGUGCAGGCACCUCAGCCACUACAUCCGGAAGGUACGGUGCCACUUACACCGGGAAGCCCGAUGCAAGGACCGUUCUUUGGACCAUUUGCCAAAGAUAUGACAUCAAAAUCUUCUUUUACAGAGACGAUUCAAGCUCCAACUUCCAUCGAGUCGAACCCGAAAGAAGUUCCGAAGAAAUCAGAGAAAGCUAGUAACGAAGAAAGACUCUUAGCCGCAAAAGACAAGGCGAUAGACCAAGCUUUUGACGAGUCAUCGAAAGACGAUGAAGGAAUUGUUGAAUCGAAACUUCAAACUUCGUUUGAUGUCAAAUCUGUGACGGUGGAAUCGGAACGUACCGAAACGCCUGUUGUAGUAGAUGUAACUCCAAAGAUUACAGUUGUCGAAAAACAUGCCAUGGAAUAUUUGCCCAUUGAGGUAAAUGAUGCACAUGAUCAUCAGCCGCCAGCUGGUCUAAGUCAAUUAUUCAUCAACACUGAAAAAUGUCAAAUUUUGCAGACUCCUAUCGAUGACGUGUCGAUUGAUGAUUCAAAAACCGAACCAUCCGUAGAAACUACUACUGCUGAGGACGAUGUCGUAGCUCGCGCUAAGUGUAAGUCCGAUGCACCUAGUAAUGGUGACUCACAAAUCACGAAACUAGUAUCCGGCACGGUAGAAAUAGUAGAGCAUGCAGGUAGCAGCACAGUAGAAGAUUUUAAUGAACAAAGUAUCCCUGUGCCAGAAAAAAUGAACCGUGAUGAGCUCAUCAGAAUUCAGGAGAAAGACGCAAUACCUGAAAAACAGCCUUCAAAAGAACCAAGUCCAACAGCUGAACAAAAAGUAAUAGUAAAAUUGAUGGAGACUGAAAGCGUGGUAAUAGAACCGAUCGAAGCAGUUCACCAAAUCCCCGAUUCGCCUAAAGCUCUAGAAUCCACGACACCAUUAGUGCUUGAAACUCAGCCGCGGGUGCAAGAUACUUCAAAACUUACAGCUGACGAUGAUAAAAAUAAAGUUCAACAAUCUACAGAAGAGAUUAUUGUCAUUCCAGAGCACCCAGAUAGUAAAAAACAAACGUUCACCUACCAAAUUGUAACUCAUCAUAAAUCAAACGAUGACUUCAUUGAACACGAACGUGCGAAUGCGUUGAAAGACCCACAAUUAAGUUCAGUCUCUUGCGGAUCCGAGUACAGACCUGUGAUGGAAAAGGUUGAAAUAUCUUUAUCGGUACAAAAGAACGACGAAGAGGCAGGUUCAUCCGUGUUCGUAAGAACUGAGGCUGAACGUCCUGAUGUAGCUCCGUAUCAUAUAGUGACGGAAGACGUAGACAUUAAUCUCCCCGCUGAGAAAGAAACAGUGCACGUAAUCCACAAUAAAAUAGUUCAAACAAGCACCCUCCCGACAGCUGAAAAAGAAACCGAGACGUACCCCGAGCCUUCCGAAAAAAGUGAAUCCGACGGUACAACGAGUAGGAAAAUUCGAAAAAAGAAAAAACAUAAAAAUAAACCUGAAACCCCUGAAAAAUCCAUUACAGAAGACUCGAGCGCCUCCGUUACUACCACGAUUGCUGAUUCUACCGAUAUUAACGUACCGAUGACAGAUUCUUCAAAACAUGAAUCUGAACAGCCACAACCGGACUUGAAAGAUAUUACAGAACCAUCGUCGUUGAUUUCAACUUUCCACGAUGAUAACUCGGAACCGGAUCACGGUUAUGAACCUGACGACAAAACAACGGUAGAUGAAAUUUCUACUGCUGAGGACGAUGAAGGUGGAAAGAAAAAGAACAAGAAGAAAAAGAAGAAGAAGCAGAAGGUGAAAACUAAGCAUGACGACAGCUCGGAAGUGCCUAAAACAACUACUGAUGAAGCAGACUUCACGGAUGAAAUUAUUCCUGCUGAUUCCGAACCGAGUCAAGCGGAUUCAAAGGGUAAGGAGCGUAGGCAGAAGAGCGAAGUUUCAUCGACUGUUGAGAACGUAGAAAUCGAAAUAAAACCUAAAAAACCGGAACCGAUACAUACUGAGAUUGAAACGCAAACUGUCGUUGAGACUCGUGACGUAGGAGCUGGAGUCAUGUCACCGGAGAUACCACCAAUCAUCACAAGCUCAGCGCAAACUUCACCUGAACCUGCAGUAACGUACAACGAGGAACAAGAAGUUCAGACAGAAAAAUUGAGCGAAAUUAAUAUCGAGGUGCAAACUUCUCCAAAACCCGCCGUUGACGUGUCCAACCAAACUAGUAAGCCUGAAACACCAGAUACAGAACAUUUGGCUGUGCAAACGGUCACGCCUAUUCCUACACCGACCGAAGAUGAUGAAGUACAAACGAGUCCUGUACAGGAAGAGAAAGCUAAGCUCGAUGAAACCAUUGUACAAACGAGUCCAGUUCAAAUCGAAAAGCCAAUUAUCGAGGAAACGUAUGUUCAAACUAGCCCAGUCGAACCUGAAAAACCGCUUGCUGAAGAAACCUAUGUUCAAACGAGUCCUUUCGAAUCUGAGAAGGUAAUCCUGGAGGAAAACUUUGUUCAGACAAGUCCUAUUGAGCCUGAAAAGCCGGUUGUCGGAGAAACGCAGUCUCAAACCAGCCCGAUUGAGCCAGAGAAGCCAGCAGUUGAGGAGCAUUCCGUGCAGACCAGUCCAGUGCAGUCUGAUAAACCAGAAAUCGAUGAAAUCUAUGUUCAAACGAGCCCAAUCGAGCUCGAGAGGGUGGCUGUUGAUGAGGCUUUUAUGCAGACGAGUCCACUUCCAGUGGAGGUGCCAGAAAUUGGCGAAACAUAUGUUCAAACCAGCCCUAUUGAACCUGAAAAAGCAGAGAUCGACGAUGCGCAAGUACAAACGAGCCCUGCCAGUCCAGAGAAGAGAGAGGUUGAGGUUGAAGAAGUUCAAGUGCAAACCAGUCCAGUUGAAGGAAUCACCAUAGAAUCUCAAACCUCUCCAAUCCAAAGUGAGCCCACCAAUGAAAUAGAUACGCAAACAAUUUCACCAGAGCCCAAAGCAGUGCUCGAAGACGCAGUUCAACAAACGACUCCAUUACCUGACGAAACAAAGGUGGUAUCACAAGAAGCUACGAUGCAGACUAUCACACCAGAACCUGUCAUCACGACGGAGGUGGACAUACAAACCAGUGUAACACCGACGCCUGCAAUGCCAGUAUUAGAAGACUCCACCAUGCAGACUGAUGCAGUUGAACUUACGCAAAUCGAAACCCUCGCAACGCAGACGACACCUAAAGUAAGCCCGCGUCCAGCAGUUACUUCCGAUAUGGAAAUGCAGACCAAGACACCAGAACCAACCACCGAAAGCGCUGCGCAAACAAGCACCAUUCAAAGCCCAGAGCCUACUGAAGUACUUGAAUUACCAGCCCAGACAACUGUCGAGAAAAUCACGAUAACCGUUGAAGGAGAGUCACAAACUGUUACCCCUGAGAAAUUGGCAACACUAGAUUCGUCAAUACAAACUAAGGUGCAUGAACUUGUUCCAACUUCCGAAGAAAGCACUCAAGCUGUUCCAACUACGCUUGAUAUUAGCGCUCAAACUAUAGUGCCAGAAAAAACUGCUGAUCCUACACCUGAAAAUAAAGAUUUAGUUACAGAGGAACUGGAAGUGCCAACAAUCGUUGCUAAAAAAGAAGAAUCUGUUCAACAGCAAUCGGAAACGGACUCGCUUACGGAUACUUCGUACGAAAUUCACGUCCAAGCCACCAUCGAAAUACCUGAUAGCGCCAGUCAGAGUUUCCUAGAUUUUGAACGCGCUUCGGCGAUAGAAACAUCGCAAGACACGAGUAUCACCGAAGAACUUUCAGAGAACGUUACGAGUUUGGAAGAUGAUACAGCCAGGUUGGGGAGAAGACAGCGGAGGAAAAGAAAACACAAGACAAGUGAGGCGCAAGAGUCGACUCCAUUCACCAAAGAAAAAGAAAAAACUGAUCUUGAAACAAUAUUUGGUCAGCCUAUAACGGCUCUUGAGUCACGACCAAAAUUGUCUUAUUCAGACGUAGCCAGAAAGAAUUCCGAUCAAACGAGAUCUGGGUCACCACCAGAUUCUUCUGAAGAAUAUGCCACGAACAAAGAAGCGGGCAACAUUGUUGUAGGAAAAGUAUUGGCCGAUAUUGAUCUAAGCUCGAUCAGGGCGCAAGGUAAAGUUUCGCACAAAUAUGAAACCGAGGCAGAGAUCAUCACGUCCAAAGUUACCAUUGCGAAAUUGAAGUCUUCUGAUCCAAGUACAACCCAAGUGCAGGUUGUAUCAGUUUCUCAAGAAAUUUCACCACACCAAGAAAGCCUUACGGAAAAAAUUGCUAAAGAUGACGUAAAGCUUAUAAAAUCAACGGAUCAAUCUCAAGGCCCAACUUCGCACUCAACUUACUCUUCGGUUAAAGAUGUAUUAGAUAAACCAGCGAAAACUCUAGAUUCGACCCAAACAGGUAUAGAUUCUCGUCAAUCUAUAAGAGAGGCUAUACGCAUUGUAACAGCUCCUGAACCAAUGGAUACGACAGAGGAACCACUUUCUCCAACGGAAUCUGUGCUUUCCGCAAAAACUAAACCAUUAUCAAAAGUGGAAGUGAAAUCGUAUACCGACACGAUCGACGACCACAAAUCGUCGAAAGUUCCUGUGCCCUUGAAUAAAGAGUAUGAAAAACGUGAUACCAGUCCCACCUCCAGUUGGGAAGACAGACUCUUAGUAUCGCACAGUCCUGUUCGAAAAACACCUAGUCCAACAUCCUUGCUUCUUGCGGAGGCGUUGGAAUACGGUGUUCCGCAAAAUCAAGUCUCACAGCGUACAAGAGCCACAAAAGUCAUAGCAGACCGUGUAAGGAACUCGCAAAAUGCGAAACAGACCACUCACUUAUCCAACAUACUUUACAUAGCAACUCUGGAUCAGGUAAUUACGACCGAAUCCAUCGAAGAACUAAGUGGAACUGUUCAACGCGGUUUGGGCCAGCUGCGAGCUGCUGUCGAGGAAGAAAGUGAUACCGUCAUUAUAAAACACACUCUUAUCACAGUAGUCGAGACGAUAUCAACCUGGCUUGAGUCUGUGGAGUACAGAAUUUUCCUGAGUAGGGAAAGUCCGCAUGGACCUUCACACGAUGACCUACGAACAUUUAUUGAACUGAAAGAAGAAAUCAAUCACGUCGAGGAAAGUGUCAGGGAGCUGGACUCUAUUUGGAAUAACGUUGAAGUGCACUUCGUGGAAGAAGAUCGCGAAAGAAUAAUGGAAUGUCUGGAUGCUCUGCAGUCUCAGGUUCAGGCAAUCGAAAACGUCACCGAUGACGGAGAGAGAUACGCUACCACGGAACUCAUCCGUUGGGAUGAGUUCCUCAAUGGUGUUAACAACGUCUCUCGACUGGUUGAGGAACACCGCAAACAACUGGAUAUUAUCAUAGUAAGUGAUGCGUCGACGCAGUGGAAGCUUCAAGAGCUCGAAAAAAUUGAUAACACUAACCGCUGUCACAUGUGGAAGACUGGAAAGUUGGUCUCUGCCGCAAGGCGACUUUUGAAGGAUUAUCCCGGGAAGGUUGUCCCCGAGGAUACUUACGCCGCUCACGAAAUGACCCGAGUCAUCGAGUACACCAUCUGCAUUGAGAGAGACCGACUGCUUCAACUUCUCUCUCUCGCCGAAGAGUACGAGCAAACUUUACAGGAGUUUGCUCAGAUCACCGAGAUAGCGGAGAACUUGUUGGACAGUCCAAUAUCAGUUGCGAGCUUGGAAGACUUGCAGGAGGAAAUGCAGAAGCAUAGGAAAUUCUUCGUCAACUUGAACCACUGUCGCGCUAUUCUCGAAUCUCUAGAGGGCAACCUUGACAGAGAGACAAGAGCAAAGUAUUCCGACCUCCAUGAAGAACUUCAUAGAAAAGCAACCACGCUCCUUGAUCAGGCUGCUUCUCGCGCUCAGCAGAUGUCUCUAGCAGCUUCAAGGUGGAUUAUACUUGAACAAGGACUUAAGGAGGAACGAGGCUGGCUAGGAGUUGCUCACCAACGGGUUCCGGACCUACAAACAGUCACGUCAUCUGAUUACGAACAAUAUAUUUCGCUUUAUCAGUCAUUAUCCUCCGACAUCGCUACCCACCAUGCACGUCUAAUUCAGCUAUUAGCAGUAGCUCGUAGCUUGGAAGAAUUGGUGCAAAUUGAAGAUCCUGAAGACCGUUACGGAGAGGCACUGGAUGUUAUUAUCAAGCUUCAAGACGAAGUGGAGUCUUCUUUGAGGCGGCUCAUAGCAUUUAAGGAUCGCUGGACCACCCAGGAAGCGUUAGUUGGUCGAUUGGAAAAUUGGAUGAACUCCGCGGAACGUGAUCUUGCAUUUGUCCACGAUCCAUCGGGCGGCAACAUGCGACAAUUCUGGGAAAUAAAAGCGCAGUACGAAGUCCACAACAACAUCCGUAACGAGGCUGAGAACAACUUUGAGCAUGCACUUCGAAUUGUCCCACUGUCAGACGAGAUGCUUCAGCGGCAGUUCCACGGUGAGCUCCAGGACCGCUGGCAAGGCGUUACCGAAAAGAUAAACACGAUCCAAGCUUCCGUUGCCGAAAAUAUAUCCUCGAGCGACGUCCCGGUUAACGACAAGCUGAAGCUUUUGGAGCGAGAACUGAACGAACUUCGUAUCACCAUCGAUGAUUUCCACGGAGUUCUGAAGACCGAAGAAGAGCUUGACCUGUACGUUGAACGGCUAUCUGUUCUUUUCGAUAGAGUCGUCAUCAUACAGGAGGAACUCGGACGGCUAGGACUACUUCCGGCUGCAGAAAGUGAGCGGGUCGGAGUCCUGCUGUCAUCGGCACGCCGCAUCGAAGGAUUAAUCGGCGAAGAGCUAGACGCUGCGCAGCUUCUCAGAGAGCGAUUGCAAGCCUUGCAACGAGGUCUCGCGCGAGUUCGUAGAACCCAUCAAAGACAGUCAUCCGUUCUUGACCAAUGCGAAGGCAACGAGGGUCAAGGUAGUGAAAUCGUAGCGGCCUGCGUGGAUCGGUGCCACGGCGUCGCCGAGGAGUUGACCAACUUGUGGCAAGAUCUGAUGGGUCUUCGCCAGGUUCUUCACACCCUACCGAUGCGGACCAGGGUGUCGGUGUCGCCACUUGCCGUUGAAAGGAAAAUCUCCAACCUUCAGGAUGUACACACUGAACUGGAAUCACGGUGCGCAAGACUCCUUACUCUUCUUCGGAACAGACUCGGGCUCUGGCGCAGAUUUGAAAGGCAGUUGGAGCUCGUUCAGCAGUCCGUUCAGGAGGCGGAUUAUAUGAUGGAACUUCUUACCGUCCAGGGAUCCGUCGACUACGAGAGACUGUUGAAGGCGACGGAACGGUUGGAGGGCCUGAGCGGAGAUUUAGGGGCACGCGAGGUCCUCGUUGGCGAACUUCGGGCCGCAGCGGAACCGCUACGGGAGUCCUGCAGUGCGGAGGUCGGGGAACGCGUCGAAGCCGCCGUCCAGGAGGCGGUCCAGGCCUGGGAAGAUACGAGGGCGGAACUAGACGCCCUUUGCAAUAAGUACCAUCACGCUGUUAAACUUUGGCAACAAUAUCGGGACGCAAGUGCCGCUGUCAAGGCUUGGGCCGACACGCAAAUGGGCAGCGUGUCAAACUUGCCGCCCGAAGAAGCAAGGAAGCAAGUCAAGGUUUGCGAGGAAACACUGGCCGAGCACAAGGAGAGAUUGGCCGAACUUCGUGGACUUGUGGCACAGAUCGCCUCGGACGUUGGCCUUGACGCAGGCGGCCCCCUGGACACGGAGGUCGAGGCGUUGGGUCGCCGUCUUGAGGAUGUAAGGGAAGCUCUGUCGACCCUAGCCGACACAGCUGAUGCUAGAGCGCUGACCCAGGAGUUGGCGAUCGGUGAUCUUAACCAUACGAAGAUCUUCCUCGACUCGGUGCAGCAGAGUCUCGCGGCCGUAGGUCAUGGAGAUUCAAAGGAACAACUAAAAUUACUCAGAAAUCAUCUACUGGCGUUAACGCGAACGGAACCUCAGUUGCAAUCGAUAAAAGACCGAGCCCUGGAGGCUGCACCCCAAGAAACCUCCGUCGUCGAAGUACUCCAGCUAUGGCAGAGGGUUUUCCGAGAGACUUUCCAGCAGUACCAUCGGCUGUCGGCUCGAUUGGUCCGUUCGCAGGACGGCGCGGCUGCUUUGCGUCUCUGGCAAGAGUACUUGGCUCAUGUACAAGCCUUCCUGUCAAUGGGAGUCCCCGGGGAUUACAGCGGACUCUCAGAGCACAGACACCUGUGCGAGGUCCAUAAGAACCUGCUGACCGAUCAGCAGAACCUUUUGCUGACCGUGAAUUCCGAAGAGGGUCGUGAACUCUCCGUCGCCGAGCAGUUCAACGCCUUGACGAAUCUCCACAAUGAGACUCUCGCAAAGAUCAUGGAACGACAUGCUGCGGUGCGUGACCGUCUCGCGGCUUGGGAAAAGUACAGACAUGACCAGAACAGGCUUUUGGCCUGGCUCAAGGAAACUGAAAGGGAGAGGAGCAGGCUCCAGCUCCGGUUCAUCCAUCUGCGAAGACUGGACAAGGUCCUCGCGAGAAUACAUUCUCUCUUGGAGAAGUUACCCGCCGGCGAAAUGCAGGCCGAGUCUCUUUCCGGGCAGCAAGAAUCUCUGCUGAUCAACUGCGACGAGGCUCUUGCAGCUUCGGUGCGCAUGGAACACGCCGCCAAUACCCAACGCAUAGCAAACAUUCGGGCUGGACUUGAAACUUGGAAAGACUUCGUCGUCCGGAUACAGGAGCUCAGUGAACAGCAUGAGAAACAAACCGCCAAAAUCACGUCCGCCUUCCAAGAGGUCAGCCAAUCGCUGAACAACGCCUUCCUCCUUGGACCCACCAGUUUGACGCGAACUCGUCAACAGCUGGACUCGCUACAGGAUGUCAAAGCCAAACUGGCUGCUACCACCUCCGAUCUUGAAGCACUUGGUGUAACUGCUGAACAGUUGAAGGAGUGCUUGAGUCCUUCCGACAUGAAGUCCCUGAACCAGCACGGUUCUCUUCUGUGGCAGCAGCACGGGGACCUCGAACAUCAGUUGGCUCUUCUUGCUCACAGACUGGGAGAACGAUGCGGCCUUUAUAACCGCUGGGAAACUAGACGAUCUCGAUUGAUCACUUGGACAGUGGAUGCCGAGGAUAGAAUACAGAACUGUGACUCUAUGGCUCUGGAUGAACCUGAAGAGGCUCUGAAGAGGGUAGAGUCCGAACUUCAAGCCGAAAUGGCUCUUAAGCAGAGGGAAUUAGAUUGGCUUCAGAAUACUGGUAAAGAGCUGAUCGAGGUCGCAGAGGACAGCACUGAGAGAGUGAAACUGGAGAAAUCGUUGAACGAGCUUAACGAAAGAUGGUUGAAGUUGUUGAAUGCCAGUAAGGCUCGGACAAGCAAGAUAGAAGAUCUGGUCCACACGACGAAUAACUUGGAAAGACGAAUAGCCGAGAUAAGACAGUGGCUCGGAGGAAUCGAAGUGCAGUUGAAUGAGCCGUUCAUCCUUGAAGCUAGGAAUCAGAAUGCCGUCGACAAGAAGCUCCAAGAUCACGACGUCCUGCAGAAGAUGAUCGAAGCCGAAAGCGGUAACAUCGGAGAGGUUCUGAACCUGUGUGAAAUACUACUAAGCGAUUGUGACUCUUGGAAGGCGUCCUUUAACACGGAUGCCAUCAAGUCUGGGAUGGACGGUUUGGAACGACGGUGGAAAGCGGCUUGCGUUGGUUCCACAGAGCGCAAACGGAAGAUCAUGAAUGCGUGGAAGCUGCUCCAGCAGUUGGAGAAGCUGAAAACAGAACACGAGCAGUGGCUCGUAAAAACCGAAUCGGAGUUGCAGAAGCUCGAGAGCAACGUCGAUGACCUGUCGAAAGAGGAGACUGCGAAGACUGUGCAGAAGGCCAAAAAGAUGUUAAAAGACGUCGAAGCUCACAGUCCCGCUCUUCAGAUACUCGAACAGAACUACAGUCGCCUCGCUAAGGGUGGCUUGGAGCCUGACAAUUUGAGAUCGUUGACUGCUGAUGUUCGUGGAGUAAUCGACAGGUGGAACGCGCUUCGACCCAGAAUCGAUGCCGUGCUGACUGCGCUGCAAAGAGAGCAGAAGAAUUAUCGCGAAUUCAUCACCAUCCACGGGACAGCUGUCGUCGGGCUGACGCAAAUCGACGUUCGCUUGACGCAACUUCAGCACUUGGCUACCCCAGAGCAAAAAGCCUCGCCGAGAAAAAGACUGCAGCAACUUACAGAGAUAGAAAAAGAAUUGGUGACGUUGGGCGCGACCCUAGAACGAGCUGAUAAAUUAGCGCUGGAAAUGAUGGAGGAGAGUCACGCCGAUGAUGUCGGUACUAUUCAGGAACUUGUUGACGAAUAUCAACUCUUGUGGAAGGACAUUAAAUCACGUGUGGCUGAUCUCCGCACUCAAGUUGAGUCGCAAGAGAAAAUUGAAGUCGACGAAGCCAUACAGGUGGAAACACUUAAAUUUGAACAAGAUUCGGCCGUGCAGGUUGACACCUUGCCAAGAAUCAUCAGGAUGACAUCGUGCGACGCUUAUCUCAUGGAAUUGGAGGGCGCGAUCAGAGAGUGUCGAGCCGCGCUUGAUGCUCUAGAGGUUGCCGUUGCACCGGAUCCUGUUGCGGGACCGGGUCUUCCUGCCGCUGCGAAAAUCAUGGCUAAAUUGAUUGGAAGCUGUCAAUCCUCCGUGGAAUUGGUCAGACAUUUACACGGUUUGCUGGUCGGAGACGAAAAGCUGAGUGACGAAGCUGCGAGGAGUUCUGAAGUCGCAGUGCUGACAGCUCGAUAUGAGGAACUCUUGAUUCGAGCACGAGCUAGAGAACAACAAAUAAGAGAAAUCAGGUCUCCUCUCUCAGACGAUUACUCUUUUCCAUGCGAACAUGACGGCGGAAGGUUGACAUGUCCUCUUUGCUCCCGGCGAAAUUGGGCUCAGCUGGACAAUGAUCUAUGGAGAUUAGAAAAGUGGCUACAGCUGGCAGAGGGUACACAAAGCGAGCAACAUUCGCCGCCGAGUGAUAUAGAACAACUCGAAGACGUGAUACAAGACCACCGUGAAUUCCUACUCGAUCUUGACAGUCACAAGAGCAUAGUUGUCAGUCUGAAUAUAGUGGGAACUCAUCUCGCUGAUCACACGGAAGACAUAGAACGUGCAAACGAACUGCGGGAUAGAUUGGCAACGGCGAAUAUGCGUUGGGACAGAGUUUGCCAAGCAGCAGGCUCGUGGCAAUCCGCACUGCAAACAGCUCUCAUGGGCAAUCAGCAGUUCCACCGUAUCAUCGAGGAACUCGUUGCGUGGCUCGAAAGAACCGAGGUUUCAAUAAGAGCCAGCGAACCCAUCGACCUAACGGAAAAUAACAACAUCAUCCAGGCAAAGUACAACAAGUUUAGGGAGCUACGCAGUGAUCUCGAGCGAUGCGAACCUCGCGUAUUGUCUCUGCAGGAGUCUGCUAACCAGUUGCUGGAAGAACGGGGUGAAGCUCGUGGAAGACUUUCGGAACUUCGUCUUCGGUUACAGUCGCUUCGUCGACUGACCGGAAUAUACGCCUUAAAAUUGGGCGCAGCUCUCGGAUUAGAUCCACGAGAAGUGGGCCUCGCUGCAACAUCUUCUUCCCUUGCGUCCCUUUCUCAAGAUUUACUCGACGAAGCUACCUCAGGAACUGUUCAACCCCACGACACGGCUGCUGGAGAUGGUGACAACGAAGAUCGAACCGUAUUAGCGCGAGGAUAUCGGUUCUUCGGACGUGUUUUACGAGCCUCGCUUCCGAUCCAGGCGCUAAUGCUGUUGUUGCUUGGCGUUGCAACUUUGGUACCUUCGGCGGAAGAAGAUUACAGUUGCACGCUCUCUAACAAUUUGGCGAAAAGCCUGAGUCCAACAUUUGAAUAUACUAACGGACCUCCUCCCCUGUAACAGUGUCAAAGACAUUAAUAUUUCAUCUCAAAUGCCAGUCAGUAUAGAGUUUAUAGCAUGAUGUAAUCUGUGCUAGAGUAAAAGUGUUGAAAUGUGCAAGGGUUUAAUCAUUCGGUGGACGCAUCUUUGCGCGUUAUUCAUACAUUUUCUUUCUGUUCGCAUCGCUCAUCACCUAGCACAGUUUAUACUGCUGUAAUAUUAGAUUAUAGUUAGUUUUACAAGAAGAUUUUGUAAAUAAAGAGAAAAUAUAUAGCGGACCAAGCGGUUGAAUAUUCGUAAUGGCUGGCAGAGAAUAAUCAUUGUAAUUUAUUUUACGUUCUUUUGUAUAUUAUGAUACGAUAUUACGUGUACGGAUGGCUCGGAAGAAGUCUUGAUAUAUGUAUGUGUAAUUACCAAAUCUUGACGUGUGAAAUUGAUAUAAAUUAUUACGACGGUUGCAUUUAUGAUUUUGAAAAAAAAAAAGUAUGUACAUACAUCAAACGAAAAAAAUACAUACAACGCCGAGAUAAAGCGAUUGAUAAAAAAGAAAAGGCUGACAUCCUUUGAUGGUAAUGUAUACUUAUAUUCUACUUAAUCAAACACGCGUGCCGUAUGAAAUUUAAUACCGCUACUACGUAAUACCUAUAUACUAUAAUUUGCGAUAACCGAUACAUAUUAUACGUAUAUUAAUAUUGGAUAUGAUCACAAUGUUAUUUAUAUAAUUUUUUGUUGUUGAAAUGCGUCUUAUUUAUUAUUAAAAUGUUCGUGUCCGAGUUGUGAUCUUAUCCAAAUAUAUGAUAAAACAAAAAUCAAUCCCACAAUAUACCCUGAUUAACCUCUCGUAUAAUAUAAUAUUAUAAAGUACUUUUAUUUAACAUUAUAAUACAUGUAUUCCUACUGUACGCAACAUUCAUACUAGAGGGGAACAAAGGAUACUUGCCUAACUUUAUUUUUCUAUAUCGUUUUAGUUUUACUGCGAUUUAGUUAUAAGUCUGAUUUUGGAGAGUGGAACAUUCAAAGUCAGACUUAGAACAAUAUCCAUGGUCCGAUGGUGCUAUUCCAGUUGCGGUUUUCUCGACAGAAGGAACUUAGAUAUGUACAAUAUAAUUGAUUUGAUUGUAUAAUCAAUUGUUAUUAUAUUACUGCCUUGUGUAUCUGAAUCAGAAUGCGAAAGUUUGUCGAAUGAUGGUACGAACAAAGCAUGUGUACCAUGUUGAAAGUAUAAGAAGAAUCGAAAGAAAUUGUUCCGAAAACGAACGAGAAAUUAUUGAACGCACAGAUUAACCAUAAGUUAAUUGGCGAAAUAGAAUACGAAUACUUACCGGGCCUAAAGCCAAAUAGUUACGCUUGAUAAUUUACAUGUUUUUUGCUUAUUGCACAUUGAGCUUUGUUACGUAUUUUUAUAAAGAAAGAGCUUAACGGUGGUGUACAUCUAUCGAUAUUAUAAUAUAUUGCUAUAAACACUAUUAAAUACAAUGCAGUUA